GGUGAGAGGAGAGGAGGGAACAACAUAAUUCGUAGUACUUGAAAUCUUCAAAUCCAAAUCCAAUCCAUCAUCGAUCACAGUCAUCAUAGAUCAAGAUGGUGUAAAAGUAAAAUAUACUACUACUGUCUAUCAAUCAUUCGCAGAGAAAUCAGACAAGUAGAAGUGAAGAAGAAGAUGUUGCCUACCGCCUCAACAAAGAGCCGAUCGGGCCAGCAACCCCGGCCGAAUUCGUUCUUCCCGUACCUCCGCAGAGUAGUCAAGGGUUUGCGUCCUUCCUCCAAAAUUCUCACGCAUAUGCGUUUUUCUCCGAAAUCGUGGCGGAAAUUUCAGAUCUGAUCAGGAUUUUUCUUCCUGAAUUUUGAUGGAUGGUUUCCUAAGUGUUGCCUCAUUGCAAUUUUAUGCGGAGUUUGUGGCUUGAUUAGUCGGUGAUAUUAUUUUGUUUUGGGCUGUGGAGAAAUACGCUGAUUAAUAAAGGAGGAACGCAAUUCUCAUUGUUGUUCGUGGCGUUAUUCAUUUGGUUUGCUGUUGUUGAUAGGGUGAAUGGGUGAUGGGAGUUAUUUUUAAUAGGAGCAUGAAUUUUCAGGAUUAGAGCUGGUGCUUCGACCAAAUGAAUGUUCUCUAGUAGAGAACGAUGGAUAUAAUUGGUUUAUUUAGCUCUAAUGGACCAUUUUUUCUAAACUAAUUCUACUGCUAACAUAGCACAAAAUAAAAGGUCUAAGAUUAAGAUUUUUAUGUACUACUAGAAAUUUUCAAUUGUUGCAAUUAUCAUUAGCAUAUGUUUGACUAGCGAGAUAUAAAUAUUGGGUUUCCUGCAUGGACAUGUUAUUGGAUUUAGCAUUUUAUCUCAGUAACACCAAUUAUUGUGUGGUCAAUUGCAGUGGCAACAAAUGGAUAUUGAAUACACUUUCUGGCAAAUGCUUAACCUAUGCACAUCACCAAAAGUCGUAUAUCAACACACCAAGUAUCACAAGCAAACAAAGAACCAAUGGGCUCGUGAUGAUCCUGCAUUUAUUGUCAUAUGCAGUCUUCUUUUCUCAGUUUCCCUUAUUGCAUAUUGUGCUGCGUUUUUCACUAACAAUUAUCUCCGAGAAGAAGCUCCACACAGUUACGUGGUGGAGCAACGGGUGGAAUGGUUGUACGCCUUUGAUGUACACUGCAACUUUUUCUUCCCUAUGUUUGUGCUGCUUUAUGUUCUUCAUUAUUUCUUAUCACCUCUGCUAGUGGCUCAUGGUUUUAUUCCCUUACUACUAUCAAAUGUGCUCUUCAUGGUAGCUGUAUCCUACUACCAUUACCUAAAUUACUUAGGUUAUGAUGUAUUACCCUUCCUGGUGAGGACCACUGUGUUCCUGUAUCCAAUUGGUGUUGUUCUAGUUCUUUCCCCCAUAUUAUGUCUCAGUGGCUUCAACCCAUCGAGAUAUUUCAUGAACAUUUAUUUUAGUCAAAGGCAAUACAUCAGCUAAUAACUCCUCACGUAGCAUGGCACCACCCGAGACGAUCCUUAAAACCGAGUAGCUUGAUACUGGUUUUCUUCACAUGGGAUAGAUCGGUGGAGAGAAUUGUCUCUGCACACUCAAACUAAUAUGUUAGGCGUUCCGCUUCUGAGUAAAGUAAGAAUGCAUCGGAGCGCUUUAAGUGGCCUCUUCCUAACUAGGAUCGCGGGUUAGGCGUAGCAUUUUUGUUAUAAUUUUUUGUUAUAACUAUCAAUGGCCUUAAAUAGUGAAUGUUCAUAGUAGAGAGAUUACUGCACUUCUAAUAAACCGUUCACUCUGUAUAAUGGUAUCAAAUAGAUCGUCAUUAUACAAUAAAA